CGUUCUUCUCCCGUUCCCUCCAGAAGCGGGAGAGGAGGUGGUAGCAAGAGCUAGCGUGACUGUGUGAAGAGAGCCUGGGAGGGGGAGCGGGUGCGGGCUUGCAGUCGGCGCGGAGCCUGCCGGCCCGGAGUGUCUCAGCCUUCUCAUUUACGCGCGCCUCUGUCGGCGGCAAAACUAAGACGCUUUUGUUUUUGCUUUAUUCUUGUUGCUUCAAAGACUGGGGCUGAGGCAAAAAAAACCCAAACAAAUCUGAACCAUUUUUAUUGUGACACAACCGUUCGUGGGUUACAGCCUAUUUCGUCAGCUUUGAGGAGUGUUUUCAAUUGAAAGCAGUUUUUUGAGAAGUGUUUUUCAAUUGAAAACACUACAUGGCAGCAAACCGUAAACUCUGCAUUUCGCUGACUCCGCCUCGCCAAUGCAGCUCAGUAGCCGGUGGUUUCCUGCUUUAAUGUGGAUCUGAAGCUUCUGCCGGGCCAGACGCUCGUGCACAGCAAUUUGGGCGAGCAGCGGCAGCAUAAUUCAUGCAUGCAAGCAUGGAGCCCGGUCGCUGCUCAGCCUCCGGCAGGGAUGGAAAGCUGCUCUGCCGGACUCGUCUGCUGCUGUGGAGCCGCCGCUAGAGGCAGGCGGCGGAACGCAGUAGUACUGUUUUCCUCCGACCCUGGCAGCGUGGUUCGCUCGGCCAGUCUUGCCUUAUAGCUUUGGUAAUACCGGCCCAGUUUGCCCAUGAGGACUCUGGCUUGCUGAACUACAAUUCCCAGGCAGCAGCGCGGGACAUCCUGGCCGUCCUGGAGCAAGGAAGGCCUCCGUGCUCACCGGCGGGCUUCCUGUUUUCCAGUUUGGGGCCAGGCGGCUGCUGGUCCCUAGAGUCGGUGUGCUAUUUCCCGGGCCCGGCCGGCCAUGGAGAGCCCCGCAGCCACCUUCACGCUGGCCUACGUGGUGCUGGCCGUGUGCUUCGUGUUUCCGCCCAACGAGUUCCACUUGGCCGGCCUGACGGUGCAGAACUUGCUGGGCGGGUGGCUGGGCAGCGAGGACGCGGCCUUCGUCCAGUACCACCUUCGACGGGGCUCCGGCACUCUCCUUGCCCACUCCCUCCUGCCCCUCGGCUACUACGCUGGCAUGUGCUUUGCAGCACCUGAGAAACAGCUCUGCAACUUUUACCAAGCCCCGGAAAGUUGGAAAGUCUUCUUCUUGAUGGCUAUUCUUACUCCAACAAUUGCUGGAAUCCUAGUAUAUUAUUGGUCACGAAAUGGUUGGAAUAACCAUCCCUUAGUCAGGACGAUUUCCCUUUAUGCUCUCCCACAGUCAGGUUGGAGAGCAGUAGCUUCUUCCAUCAACACAGAAUUCAGAAGGAUUGAUAAAUUUGCUACGGGGGCCCCAGGAGCACGUGUGAUUGUUACGGACACCUGGAUUAUGAAAGUGACUACGUACUGUUUACAUCUUGCCCAACAGAGGGACAUCCAUCUAACUGUGAUAGACUCUAGACAGCAUGAACUCCUGCCAGACUCAAAUAUGCCUGCCCAGUUCCUCACAAUCCGCGUUGCCAGUGUUAAUCCCCAUGUGAAACCUUUUGAUAUCCGAUUGAAUUCAACAGAAUAUGGGGAACUGCGAGAAAAGCUCCAUGCUCCUAUACGUAAUGCUGCUAAUGUGGUGAUCCACCAAAGUCUCAGUGACUUGUUUCUAGAAACCUUUACAUCUUUGGCAGAGAUGAACCAAGCAUAUUCUCUUCCUAGCAAUCAGGAGUUAGAGCCAUGCGUCGGCUGUAUGCAGACGAAUGCAAAUAUCAAGCUUUUGAAGAACUGCCGAGAGCCCAAUGAAGGAGAGUGCCAACAAUGCUACUGUCGUCCCAUGUGGUGCCUGACUUGCAUGGGCAAAUGGUUUGCCAGUCGGCAAGAUCAGCAGCACCCAGAGACCUGGCUUUCAAGCCAUGUGCCUUGUCCAACCUGCCGAGCGAAAUUCUGCAUUUUAGAUGUUUGUAUUAUACGAUGAACAAAUCUUGGGACACUUCCCCUUUAAAUCUGAAUGUACUUCAAAACUGAUGUAUAACAGAAGAAAAAAACUCAUUUUAGUCUUCUGUUUAUGGGAA